AUGUCCUUCACGGUUGAAAAAAAAGAGACGAGAGCAUAUCCGUUCAGAUCGCCAGGCAGCACGAUCUUGGAAAACGAGCUAGAUCUCAAGAUCGUCUAUAACAAGUACAAGACAAACCAAGCGAUCCCAAGUCCAGAUGCUCAGCUAAGAUUCAACUUGAUCUUUUGCCAUGGCACAGGUUUCAACAAGUCGAUUUGGAACUACCACAUCAGAAGAUUGUACCAGCUUUCGCAGUCGUUUCAAGUCCCCUGGUUCUUGGACUCUGUAAUCUCCGUUGAUGCCAUAGGACACGGCGAUUCGAGUCUAGCUAACUUUGGCAAAUUGGGCCCCGUUUGCGCAUGGGAAGAUUGUGCACGAGACGUGAUUGAAGUCAUCAGACACGAGAUUGAAACCACUGGUGACUUUCAAAACACUCUUGAUUCGAGAAACGUCUUUAUAGGACACUCGAUGGGUGGGUUUCUCGCAUUUUACGCUGCUUACAUCGCUCCAUCGCUCUUUGACGCAAUAGUACCCAUCGAGGCCGUGCUUUAUGGAGAGCCCGAGAGACUCACUCUUUUGAAGAAAACAGUCCCCAGGAUGAUUGCUGCGAUACGUGAAAGUUUCAGCACCAAAGAAGAAGCUAGGCAUUUCUACCUGGACUUGAAUUUCACCAAGAACAUGAACCGGGACGUGAUGAAUGACUACUUGGACGACGAAUUGUUCAAAGCAACAGACCCCAGCAAUGGGAAAGCUGUUAUUCGAACCAAGUGCCUGAAACACCAUCAUACAGCAGCGUAUAUGGGAACAUACAUAUCGGUGCCAAAAGGAGCCAUCGCCUUGCCUUAUAUCCGAGUCCCCAUCUUGCACAUUGCUGGCGAAAACAUAUGGUGGAAUCCACUGGAAAAUGCAAGCUGGAUACGGAACACAAUCAACAAACGGUAUUUUGAAGGAGGCGUUGAUAUCAAACACGGGGGCCACUUGGUCAAUGUGGAACGUCCGGACGACGUUAUUGAAGUAAUCAAAAAUUUCAUAAGCAAACGAGACCGCGAUUUCAAGAGGGAGAGAAACGCAAAGCCAAUGGUAGAAUUGCAGGGCAACAGGAAGGCAAUCUACGAUAGAGAAAUGGGCGCCCUAGCGAAUUUGGACGUUGACCAUGUUUAUGGCUUUGACGUUGACACGAUGAGACAUUUCUUUGCCACAUCCAAAAUUUAG